AUGCCGCGCCGAAAAGGACCGCGAGGAGCUGAUGGCGUUGUUCGUCGAACGCGGGGCCGACGUCAACGAGCGCACCAAAUCCGGCGGCCAACGCACGUGCCUGCACAUUCUCGCCGUGUCACCAAGCGCGUCCGUCGAAGCCCUCCAGUUCCUGCUCGACAAGGGCGCCGACGCCCGCCAACUCUCGGGAGAUGGCAAGUCGGCGCUGGAGGCGCUGCUGACCAAGCGACCGGACGAGUUGGCGCGAAAGCUGGCCAUGGGCGAGCUGCUGCUGGCGCACGGCUGCCCGAUCGCGAGCCGCACGUCGCUGCUCGUGCUCGUGCUCCAGUGGCUCCGCCGCCCCGCGUCCGGGUGGCGGCCUCACGAAAAGGCGGCCUACGACGCCGUCGAGCAGACCACCCACGACGCGCUCCAAUGGCUCUUCGACCGGGCCGCGUGGCCCACGCCCCUCGACGCGGCCACCGACGUCAACACAGUUGUUCUGCCGCUGGUGGGGAGCAGCUCGCCGAGCAUCAUGGAUUCUUCCCCAAUCGAACGACCUCGGACCCGUUUCAAGGCGGGCUCUACGCGCGAGCGGAGGAGUACGGACUGGAGCUGAUGAACAAGCAGCAGAUGUGGAACCUCACCAUCGGCUACGAGCCCGCCCAGCAUCGCAAACACUUCCGCUACGUGUUCCACCUGCACUGGGUGGCCAUGGUCUGCACCAAGGACGGCGAAGCCGAGGCCUUCCAAGAGCUCCGCUCCGUGCUCGACUUCUUUCAGCGAAUCGAAGACCAGGGAUGGUACAUCGUGUGGACGGUGCACAGCGUGAUCGAUCCCAGCUGCACGCCCGAGCAUCACCAGCUCCAGAUCGAGUUGCUGCAGACCCUGGCGGACAGGGCCGACGUCAUCCACCUGCUCUGCGCCCACACCAUUCCCCUCACCGCGCCGUAUUACGUCAUUCCGCCCGAGAAAGUGAUAACGGUGCCGCAGGGGAGCUACGUGGGGCUCUACAGCGACGUGAAUCUCACCCAGCCCCUGGCGCGACGCACGCUGUCCCUCCACACCCCCUUCGCCAGCGACAACGAUGACCUAGUGCUGCUCUACAUCGGGUCCGUCAAGCGGCACCGAGGCCUCGCCCAGCUGGUGCAGGCAUUCAACGCCGUGACCUCAGAUAUGAAGAAGAUGCAGCUGUGGGUCGUGGGCGAGCUUUCGACGGCCGAGCGGCUCCGAUAUUCGGACGCCCAGUGGCAACAGAUCCAAGCCGCCAUCAGCGUCAACCCCGCGAUCAAGACCCAGUACAGCCACAUCCACGACGACGAUCUCCAAUUCUACUACAAGGCGGCAGACGCGGUCGUGUUGCCGUAUCCGAGGGACUCGGUGCUCUCUUCCGGCACUCUCCUCACGUCCCUGUCAUUUGGCCGGCCGGUGAUUGCUCCGCCGCUGAGUUGUAUGGAGGAGUGGCUGACGGACGAUGUGAGCAUCAUCUUCGCCCCCGAGGAAGAGAUGCCCCCCACUAUAAGCCUGGAGGAGGCGCUGCGGCAGGCGAGCAAGCUGCGGGCGGAUUCGUACCGUACGGCGGCCUACGAGAAGGCGCUGAGCUACACCUAUCGCGACAUGUCCCGGCUCUUCUUCGAGAAGCUCAAAUGGCGGCUCUGA